AUGGCCACCGUGAAGGCGGCACAAGUGGCUGGUUGCCUGGGCAAGUCUUCGGCUUCUUCAGUGCGAAAAUCCACACCAAAUGAUUCCAUGGCUCUGGAACCUCGCUCUGACUCCCAACCCCUCGAUAGAACUCUGCUAGGGGAAGCAGGGGAGGGAGGAUUCGAAAAUACCUCCUACGGCAAACGGAGCAGUGAUUCAGUGGGCAGUCAGACCCUCACCUCACCGUCUCAUGUACGCUCCGGUCAGCAGCAACAAGACAGAGACUCUGUGGAUGGUUGUUCAGCCAAGAGCAGGAACAGUGACAGUCACAACAUGCCAUCUCUGUCGCUGCCGCUACCUCCA